CAGUGUGGGUGUGGGUGUGGGUGUGGGUGUGGGUGGGGGUGGGGGUGGGUGUGGGUACGGAUUAACUUGUCCAUCACACUCACACCCACACCCACACCCAUUUUCUGUAUCAACAUUACUAAAAGCCAACAAUUUACUGACAAUUCUUAUUUUCCUACUUUUUUGUUUUGACUUUUACAUUCUACCACUUCUAAAUAGCAAUUGCUUCCUGUAUGUUUUACUUCUCAUCAUUUUUUAUUGGUUGAAUUCAUUUAUUACAUAGGUUAUUCGUACCACUCAAUUUUUUCUUCAUAGUUACCUAUUCUCUUGCUUAAAUGUAGACGAUCGAGUAUCUUUGCUUUGUUCUUUUUUUCUGCUGUAGAAAAUAUUUUCAAGCAGCCUUCUGAGUAAUUAUUUUGUUGCAUCAUUAAUGAAGUCAUCUGGUUUCCAGGUUAUAUUUUAAAUAUAGUAGACCCUUGAAAGCUUGGCGUUCAACAUUGAUAUUCUACCAAUGAAACGUAUUUUCAACUCCUACUGUUGCAUUAUAUUAGUCUACUCAAACACUACAUAAGGAUAUUUCUACGCAACUGAAAUGCGAGUGAACAUCUUCGCAUUAUCUCUUUCAGACACUCACUCCAACAUCACACAACUAUUUAGUUGUUCUUUUUCUUUCUAAUCAAUUUUCACUAUUUCUUCCAUUGUGUCACGACAAAAAAGCACGUUGCUUAAUGGACAUUCGGCGUAUUCUGUAUGGCCACGAUUGUCACAGGAUACCUGGGAUUUUAACAAUAUCAAUCUGAGUUCCAGAAAUUCCUUUUUAAUCUCUAUGCUUAUCGUUCUAGUUCUGGAAAUCUGAUUGAGUUCAGAGUUAGAACUUCAUAGCUUCAUCACAUUGUUAGAAAGAUCCCAUUUAACUGUUAAGGGAAAACGUUCUGUCUUGGAAUUAUUGACAUUUAACCUGAUUACAAUUGUAUGAAGUUUAUUGGGACCAAAGGACAGUUGACUUUUGUUAUUUUUAUCGAAAAAAAUUCGUGGUAGAAUAUCAAAUAGCAUCAAGAAAAAAGAUGAACAAGAAAUGUGCUAUAUCAAACGAACUCAUAGCAUCCUAUCUAUAACUUUUUAUGUCUGUUAUCAUCUGACUGUGAAUAUGCCUAAAUGGAUCAGGUAACAGCAUAAACUUCCUAUUGACCAGAAGAUAAGAGGCUGACUCCUAUAUCUAUACAGCUUUUGACAGGAGUUUUGACACAAAACUAACAAAUGUCAAAUGAAAAGAGAAUAAUGCCAGAGACUCUCACUGCAUGGUAUUGAGAUUUAUUGCUAACUAAAGAAGAAGGCAAAUCAUGAUUUUGUCAUAAAAUCAAGUAUUUUUCUCUGAUUUAUAUAUAAGAAAGCAAUGCCAGAUUUGAAAUAGUAGUUUGACUUGUGUCAGAUGAAAAGCAAUGUUUUUCGCCAGAAGCAACAAUAGCACCCUUGUUUCAAAUUAGGCAAUUACACUUAGUGUGCUUUGUUUUAUUGCAGUUUUUCUCAUUUGAUACUCAGCAAUAUUAACAUUAAAACUAGAAACAAGAUGACAGAUCUGAGGGUGUGGGUGGGUAGAGGUGUAGGUAUGAAGGAUAAAGAGAAGCUCCACACACACCCUUUCAUGCUUUUCCGGUGGGAAACGGUGAGUUCCUUGCCGGUUUCCGAUAGUUCCGCUAGGUUCCGAGUUUUUUACCGUUGAUCUCCAGUGGCCGGAAAUUAGCGGAACAUUCGGUUUCCGGGUACGAGAAAUUUUCGGCCGAAAUACUGCUUCCAUGUUCCGGAUAUUUUUCCGGCCGGAAAGACACCGGAAACGGCGGGAAAAGACCGAAAUCGUUGACCUGGGUCGGUAUUCUUUUUUUGUUUUGAUUUUUGAAUUUUCAGUAUUUUUGACACUAAAGACAUGGGCAAAUUGAUUUCCUAGUUUAAAAAUAUAUUCUGUUACUCUAUAUGAGAAACUAGCAAACGAUGUUUAUAGCAUUGAUUGUGGCAAUCUUAGACUUUAUUUAAUGUUUGUUUCAACAAAGCAGUAAAAUAAUUGACAGUUCUAAUUAGGACGAUAAAUAUUUUUGUUAUAUCACUAUUGUAUAAUGCCGACCAAUGGAAUAAAACUUGAAAGUAAACUAUUAAUAGAAUUGAACCGAGUAGUCGGGUAGUAGUUACACAGUUUCCGAGGACUUGAUGAUCAUUAAGCUACUUGUUCAAAUACUACAGUCGGUGAGAUCGGUUGCUGUAUUUCAUUUUAUUCCUUUUACAUGUUCUCCUUCGGAAAAAGUACAAAAUCAAUUACAAACCCGUCCAUAUCAUCCGUCUCGUUUUUAUUUUGCAUAAACUGUUUAAAACUCAGCUAUCGAUUGUUUGCACAAAACUUACUACUUCAAUAUUCUAUUCUUUAUGGGGCUACGUAGAGGGAUCAUUUUUGGCCUACUGAACUAAUCAUGCCGUCCCACAAAUACAACUCGCACUCACAUCAAAGUAUGUAGCAAGCUAUUCAUUAAUAUGCUAUUAUGCACAAUGUCAUCGUGUUGAGACCAACGAAUCUACACUUUCCUUUUUUACUUCGCGAAGAACAGACGCAUUGUUUGUACUUGUAUUCCUCCUUCUGUGCCUUAUCUCUUUCUUCGGAGUGACUCAUUAUCACACGAUGGAAGCGCAGUAUUAUAACUGUCCAAGUGGUGGACAGAGAAACUCAAGAAAUAAUGGUUCUAGUAGUAAAAAAAUCAAUAAUCGUCGACAAGAAACACAAGAUACUGGAAAUUAUGAUCCACGGAUCAAUGAAAUUGGUGAAUUACAAAGAAAAGAUAUAAUAAAUUCCUUCGCAAAUGAUGAAACACUUUUAAAUGAUUUUUGACUCUUUCGCCAACAGCAACAUCAACAGUCACUUGCACCCCAAAUUCCCGAUGAAUUCGGUACCUGCGAGGAGCAAAAUGUGGUGUUCAAUGAACAGCAACGACAAAUUUAUUUAAACAAUCAUAAUCAUAAAAAUAUUCCAACUAGAGAGCAAUUGCAAUUACAACCAAAUGCAUCGACACCGAACAAAAGAAGAUUAAAUGAUAGUGCUGGUUCAGGUGGUCCUCCAACACCAAAACAACAACGUUCAGGUAACAACCAGGCUCAACUACUUCAGGAAGAGAGUCUUGCUCAAAGUAAACAACCAUCGGCUAAUAUACCAACGAAUCAUACGUAUCAGAAUAAAAUUCCUUUUGAUCAGAUUAAACGAGCGGUCUCGAGUAAUUUGCCAUGCUUCUAUGUAGUUUUCAAUCGUUCAACUAACACUCAGCAAAUACCAUCGGCCUUUAAUAUUGCAGAAAAAAUUGUUGAAAAUCUAAAACAAGAAGGUGUUCAAAUGAAUAGAUUUACAUUCGUUGGCUGGGCAGGAACGAAACUAAAAUUAGGUGUUAAUAGCAAAGAGGAUUACAUUAAAUUAGUGUCAACCGACAAAUGGCCUACGAAAAUCAUGGAUGUACCGAUGAUCGUUCAAAAACCGAAGUUUAUUCCAGAUUGCUUCGCAUUCGUUAUUCGAUAUGUACCGCGAGGCAUGGAUCAUGCCUUUGUAAAAGAAGAGAUAUCGAAAUCAGUCGGAUCAAUCGAUAAUGUAAAACGAAUUCAAUACGGCUAUACGCGAAAAAUGGAUGAUUAUCGCUUCAACGUGAAGGACUUUAGUGACUACGACAGAACGCUAAGUAUGGGACGUAUAUCGAUAGGAAAUAUUAUGUUACCCAUCACAUCUUUUCUUCAAGGUAAUAAAAUAACUUACUGCACCAGAUGUUGGUGCAUUGGACACUUGAGAGAUAAAUGUCAAGCAUCAUCUGCUCGAUGCCGUAUAUGCCUUCAAGAAAUUGCUGAAAAUCAAACGCACAUUUGUUCUUAUCAGCCACGAUGUGCUCAAUGUGAUGGAAACCAUCACUCGCUUAGUAGUCAAUGCCAACCGAUUAGAACAUAUAAGGCUCAUCUGAAAGAAGAAGUCGAUAAGGCACUCUCAAGUGGUAUACUACGUCGAUUAGAACCACCAAAACAAACUUCAGAAUUUAAUUCUGAAGAUUUUCCAGCUAUAACAGAUCAAGCGCAACGUAUCAUACCUGUUUGGGGUAAUAAGCAUAUACCUCAGCAGCAGUCAACUUUUGAAUCAGCUAAUAUUACCAAUGCUCUUACGGCACUUACUAAACAACUAACUAUUAUGACAGAUAAUAACCUAAGAAUGGAAAAGAAGCUCGACGAAACGAAUGAUGUGAUGGCAAAGAUCGUUUAUCCAUUAUGUGAAUUGAAAAGAGUAGAUCCCGUCGGUAAAUAUCUUCCGUUUUCAACCAUUCUUGAUGAAUUAACAGCUGAUACCAAUAUGGAUAGGAAUACAUUACAUGAAACAGCAACCGCCAAGUCAACUAAUGAUACAGUAACAUCAUUUGCUGUUGAUAAAUUGAACAACCAUGAAACAUAA